CCUUUGAAUAAGAAAGAGAUGCUAUGGUCAGACCUCGUAGGAUUAACGUCAUUGAGGAAGAUUUCACAAGUUGUGUGGUGUUGUAGCAUGGCAGAAGAAGAGCCUAACAGAAUCAUUGUGACAGUGCGGCUCAUCCGUUCCUUUGAGCAUCAUAAUGUACGCCCAGUCGUGUUUAAGGAUGUUGAUCCCAAUCAGACUGUCAGUUUUUUUAAGAACACAAUCCUAACAGAUAUCAAGAAAAGAACUGGCUUGCCACCACCAGUAAAAAACUAUGAUUAUGACACACUUAAGAUACAACAUCAAGCCCAUGGGGCUAAAACCAAUGACCCCAUCAUCAAUACAGAAAUGGAUGAAGAGCUGAUUCUUCAAGACCACAGAACCUUAGCUGAAAGCAAUAUAAGAAGUGAAACUGAAAUUUCCUUUUUCAAGAAAAUAGAUUACAUCAAGUACAAAGAAAAUCCACAUUUGAAUUGGUGAGAAAACCGGACUGUAGUUAUGGAUCAAUGUAAAAUAAGUAAAAAAUCACAAAGCUACACAAUGGGCUAUCUGCACCCUGUUCAUCAAAGAAAAUCCAACCCUGGAUCUUAGCAAUUUAAGUAUGUAAGC